AUGGUUUGAUUUCAUUGCUUACUCACACCUUUUAGACACAAUCAUCUUAUUUGAUGUCCUUUAUCCAUGGACUUCUUGAACAGCAUGAUGUCUUAUAUUUUAAUUCCGAAAUUAUUUUCUUAGUAGCAGCAGGGAUGUUCGCGAAAGAAAAAGAGAGCAGCUCGCUCGUGAGUACAAAGAAACUGAGGAAGUUGUUAACGUUUGUCUAAAUGGUUAGUUAGUUUUAAAAAUCCUACGGGUUGUCAACUUUUUUGCUUUGUAUUUUGGCAGUAAUCUGGUAAUUCCGCCAGUUCGUUUGUUUUGCUCUCGUUCGUUUCUUACUCUGUUCUGGCAUUGUUCCCUGAACACAAUUCUUUGAUUCCUCAUUUCUUUGGCGGAAAGGUAGGCAGUCAAUGAUAGAGGUAGAACGAGUUUGAAUAGCAUGGAGCCAUCCAGGCCGCGAUAACGUGAUUUCCAGGUCGGCCACUUAUCGUAGAAUGUCAGUUAAAACUGUUCUGAGAGCGUAGCUUUUCGAAACGCGAAUGAGGAGGGGUUGAAAGUGCACAUACAGCCUUUUUAAUAUAUCUACCUUCUGCCUUAGAGGGAAUGCCCCAGUUUGUCGUGUUUUGCGACCUUUACCAACACAAUGUUUAAAGUACUUUAGUAGCUGCUCUGUCUCUUUUUUACAUCCACAUGAAUGUUCGCUUUUCCAUGUCAUAUUUCCAGUUCAUACUUGACAGUUGUUUUUCCGGCAUAAGGACGUUAAUUGCCACAACUUCACUGUUCUAACACAUCGCAGACCUCGUUCGUUAUCUUUUUUUAUUUUAAAGGUCGUAACCAUGCUCCAACUGUUAUAACUCAUUUAUUUCAGGAUAUUUUGGUGUUAACGCAGAUGUCUAAAGCUCAGUGAUUUUUCGUAAAGGAACUUACGGCCACAUGCUAAAUUUGUCAUGGCCCAGUUGGCAGUAUGGUCAUUAAACAUUGAUUGAAAAUUUUAGGUGUGAUUCCAAUCAAAAUAGCAUUAAACAUAAUGCACAUUAAUUCAUAUAGGGCAUAUAGGGCAUAUUUCAGUAUGCGUGGGUGAGAUCCGUAGCACGAUCGGUGAGCUCCCUUUACUAUAUCUCAUUAUGUAUACAUCACACUACACUCUUCAUAAGAAGUUUUAGCCAAACCGCAGGUAUUAAAAUUAACGCAUAAUAGUGCGAUCAUUCUGAGAAUUAAUUUAUUUACGGACUUGCUGUAAAUCGAAACACUCACAACUUUUAAGCACGCACUUGUCUAAAACUUGUCGCACUUAAUAGGAUUGUAGUACAUUUAGGCAAGCAUUUAAAAUAAAUGGGAAAGGUACGCCACCUACGUCAUCUUUUUCCCUCAUUUCUUCAAAAUAUCUCUUAGCCAAAACCGUCAUGCCGUUACCUUACAGCUUGUUUAAUUAUUUAUGGUUGAAAUCCGACUUGGACACUUAGGUGAACCAGUAAUAGAUUCUGACGCACGCAGUGUUCUCCGUUCUGGGAGUGCCAGUUUUUUAAGACAUUAAUCGGUAAGCCAACUCAAACAAGCUCAAAACGCGUCUGAAGCAUGACCACAGGUGUGUUAGAUAAACCGGAGUCUACUGUAAAAAAUCUCGUAGAGUUCUCGAUUUGGAUCCCUAUUAUAUCAGCAGGCACGUUGACAUACCCCCCUGAUAUCACGCGCUCAGUUCCCGCGGCCAAGGGGCGAGACCCAAUUUCCAGCCAAGGGUGCACGCAGUCACGCCACCGUGAGACGGCGUGGGACUCAACUUAUUGUGAAUACCACCCUCUGCACUCAUAUCUUCCCCCCCUUCAUGGCGUGACUACAAAAAGCGCUCAUUUGAUGUUGCUUUCUCACAGUCUCUGACGAUGGCCUCCUGUACGAGACCGAAAGCUCAGACUAAUAAACCAACUGUCCCAGAGAUCGGGUCUUCAUCUUCUUUACAACAAGAACCCGGGAUUCGCAUAUUCGCUUCCAUCCGUGAUAUAGAUUGUCUUUGAUUCGUUUUGGGACGACGUAUGUUUUUGUUAUUACGGCUAUUUACACAGUUCUUAUUUUUUUUACAUCCCUUUAGAAAAGUACGAAGAAGUUACCAAAAUCCUCAACGUUUAUCGCGAGGUUUCCCAAAACUUGGAAAGUGGGUUCUUCUUAUUUCUGGCGAUGACCUUAAUUAAGUCAUCAGAAGCGCUGUUCGCAAAGUCAAAAAGGACAUAGGUGAAUGUAAAAACUUUCUUGCUUGUAACCGCGAGGAGUUGCGCAGGCUCUGGCUAGACCUGAUUGAACAGCGUCGCAGCUUGGAGCUAAUCGAGGUUCUUGACCGAGUCCGCCUUGCCCCAGAUAUAAUUAAUAAUUUAAUAUCUGCGCGAGCCUGGCCGGAGGCCACCGAUUUCCUUUUAAGCAUCCACAAACUCGCUGAAACAGAAGUUCAAAAUAUCCCAGCCUUGGAUGUGACUAUGGCCGAACUCGCAGUUAAAAAAAAGGUAAUUUGUUAGGGUAAACUUACGUACCAGCAAUUUUCUCAUUUCUGUCAUGUUUGUUGUAUUUAGUCUUGUACUACCCAACUGUUAUCCGUCGAAACUGCCUGGGACAAACACACGAAUGAUAACCAAUCACCACAAAAGCUUGAUCCUGUUUUUAUCUUUGGCAUGAAUGUGCAAUGUUUCCAAAUAUAAGAAUGUGUUCAACCACUAAAGUAAAGUAGUUUUGAUUCUUAUUUGUAGUAUUUUACCCUUAGGUAAUAAGGUAUUUAGAUACGUUAUGUGAGUACCAGUUUCUUAAGUUUACACAUCCAGCCUAAGGACUUUAAACACGCAUGAAAGUGGCCUUUCAUUUGGCUUUUUCACAAACCUUGUAUAUUUGCAUCUCGCAAUCUUCAUAUGUCACUGACGUUUUCUCUGCACGAUUGCAAUGCUUGUCCAGUUACUUCGUAUUGACGGCUUUUCUCGUAGUUACUUAGCCUUUUCUUACGAGAAACUAGGGUCAGUCUAUCUACCAAAUGAGGAUUUGUCUAACAUCGUUUAUUGUAUACCGUUUCUGUUUGCGCCAGCUUUAUUUUUCUCGGCCAUUUAUGACGCUUGAUUGUUGGCAAAUUCUCUUGGUUUAUAGAAACUUUUUGAGGAAAUCUGCCAAUCUUUGUUGUUUCUCAUAUUCAAACAACCACUGGCCCUAGUUCUACACGACAGGAGUUUUCGUUACGGACCUUCUUCAAUUACUGUUCCUGCCGUUGAUAGUGCGACUUUCCCCACCCGGUAAGCCAAAUUCAUUCUACUGUUUUCAGUGUUUUAAUCACAAUGCACAAUACAGACACCUCCCUUCGGCUCUCUUAGUGGUGGAUGGUAUAACAGCUCAACGCGGCACCAGCAAACCGUGUUUAGCGAGCAUGCAGUCUGUUCGGUUUCCGUAUGAAUCAUUGUUUGAAUGCCGGACGGUCAGGUCUCUCCCUAGGCGUCAAAGCCGUUAUCCUCAAGUAAACGAACAAGCGCCAUUUUCCGACGCACCCUUACUAUUUGUACGUUAGAAUUCGCCUCGUUGACGCUCUGUACCUUCACUUUUUUCAAUUACCAAUGCUUUUGACAGCAACAAGACCUCAAAUUGAGACGCGCCCAAAUACUGUUUUCACUUUUUCCUCCAAAUUUUAUUUCUACUCAAUUUCAGCGUCCGCUGUAUAUGCACAAAUCACGUAAUCUAAUGUAGACAAAAGCAUCUCCAUGACACACGACCGUUAUCCGCCGAAAUAACAUUUCUCAACUUCUAAGCGAGGCUUUUUACUAACCAUCUUGCCCAAUUUUCGAUGAGAAAUGUCGAUGGCGGUAGUGUAGUAGGAGUAAAAGCACUUGUCGGCGUCAGCAUCCUGGUCUUACUCCAACAAUUGCCGGACACGUCCACUCUGUAAAAUUAGGCAUUAACGAGAUCCACCCGCUUCAGAGUAUUUGGUGAGGUAAACUGUCUUUCAGACGACUGAGGUCUCGCACUUUCCAUCUCUCCAGUGGCGGAGACCUGGGCGUGCCAGUAUCCGCGGUUGCCGCCAUCGCAGUCGAAAUUUGCUUCUAUGAAACUUGUUUGACCAUGGAGGUUCGCAUGUGUUUAGCACACAGGCGGUCACGGCAACAGCUACUUUUGUGAAGCUUUAUGGUAUCUGCGUCAAAACUGCAUUGGCAAGCGUUGCUGCACUUUAUGACGCAAUUGCUCUGCCAUAUAUCUGUCCAUCGAAACCUGACGUAGGGACUGCCUAUUAUUCAGAGUCAGGAGCCUUGUCUAAAGGUUGCCCUGCUACUGCCACGAACUGUCGUAGGGCUGGCAACUACCGCCUACUAUUUGAAUCUACAAACGGUAGGUUGGUCAGAACGAAGGAUGAAACCAACACGGCAGUAGAGUCCAUCCUCUGUCGGGUUCAUUAAAAAACGAAUUGCAUGGCACACUGCUUUAGACACUGGGGUUUGUGGGUUUCAUUAGCUGGAGGCACGCUUUGCGAUUUCACGGUUUACCCAGGCAUUUUGCUGCUGUUAGUCGAUUUCCCUACGAUGCUAUAUUUCCUGCCGAAAACGCAUUGAUAGACUAGUGCGAUACUUUUGUAACACCUACCCUACGCUUACCCUCUAUCGGUGAUUACAAAGGUAUGCUUUGCGCAAAGUUCACAUUCCCGCAACCGUCCCUGACAAGCUGACUACAUCAAAUAGGUGUGUUUGUUGUGCAUUUCUUCACUUGGUAAAUCAUCUCGUCCAACCGAUUCCCCUUCUCCCAAGACGUUUUACGGAGAGGUUGACACACAAUCUCACGGAUGAUCUAGUCUAAUUCGCGUUGUUUUCCUACGGUGCCUGUUGUGAGUCAUGAUGGGAUCGGACUGUCAUCUGCAAUAAUGUUAUAACAGCUCUCCAGAGAAUCUCCGCUUACCCCUUUUUGAGGGGGGUGGGGGGAAUGUGAUAUAAACGCUGCCCUGUGCAAAUGCUGGUGCACCUUGUCUGCACGAAUGACUGCGGCUACUUGACGCGAUAAAAACACAAAUAAGGACAGUCCGCCCCAUCCACCAGGCCCUCUCUACUGGAGUGACUUUGUUCACCCUCGCGAUCUUGAAUGUUAAUUAUCGUGGGCGUCGGGGUCCACUACGGAACACGUUUCAUUUUGCAAGGAGAAAAUAGAUUUGGGAUGCCCUAUGGGCUGGUAAGACGCCGGAAUUGUAUUCUCCAUCAAAACGGGCGAUCUGCUCAUGGCCACGAGUCCCACUGCGACUGGCUAAAGUAACCACAAUCACUGGUGUAAAGGCUCUUUCCGAUUACAAGCUAAGUAAAGAAUACUUUUCACAGAUCUUUAUGCCUUCCUUGCAUUCUGCUGAUGGCUAGUACAUUAAUUAUCUUCAUUUCCUCCUACAAAACUGGGAAGAGACAACUUGUGUGGACUUUUGCUUACGUCACGGUCAACCAGUAGGUUACCCCGUCCAUAGGCCAUAUUUAGUCUAUUGUGCUGGCGGAAAGGACGCCGUGCGGGGCCAAUACUGAUCAGACAACCUGAUCCUUGUAUAGAAGGUAAGACUAUUUUUGCAUGCCACCUUAGCGUUGGAUGAGACUUAGCGCAUAUAGCACCUCAGCAGCGGAAUGUAUACCAACCUGAGACGAGCGCAAGUCCUGGAUGAAGAGACUGAUGUUGAAAUCAAGUAGAAAAAGCUGCGGGGUGCCUUCCACGACUCUUAAGCCGCAGUUUUUGGACUAGUUCGCCGAUAAUACAGAGGUCGGCUUAAUGACAGCGACGAAAAAGCCCAACUCAUCUCCGAUUAAAACACGCCACAUAAGACCAAUAUGAACAGCAGAGCCAAUACGAACGAAGCUACUUUCUUUCAUAUAAAAGACGAAUGCCUAAAGCCUGAGUAAGAUGUUAACUGAUCGACUGCCGCAGAAACCAGAAGAAUCCCAAGGAUUACCACAUUGCGACAAAAUUAGACACUUAGUUGAUCACCAAGGCGGUCUACGGCUCUCGACCGAUAGAGACUGCGUUGUUGCUCGGCUCAGACGACACGGGUUCAUUGUCAGCGAAAUACCACGUCAUGGAAUUCUGAUUCAACUAUGCCAGUUACCUCCUCAUCCGCCCUUCUCCAGCUACCAUCCGUCAACAGGCUGCACCAAGUGGCAACAAACGUUCGACUUGGUCGUCUGUCCUCUGAGGGGAACGAUCAGCGCAGUGUAAAAGGAUUGUGAAGCUCCGGUCGCAGACUCAACUUUAAUCUGGUAGACGCCUUUCACUGUCACGAAAGUGGAAGCGGAUGAAUACCGCAAGACUCUUAGCAUGCCAUCAUUGUCCAUCUUAUUAACCUGUAACAAUCGUCGCGGAAUUAUCCCCAGCAUUCGAGGACAAACAUUUGUCCGUGUCCUUGCGCACCUGCAUGCACUCCGGGAAAAGUAGCUUCCCUAGAAGCAUAAUGCGGUUUCUGGCAGCACCAUGGGACCACAUGCGUUACUUUCGAAGCCCUUCAACUUCCAGAAAGGUGCUGAGUAGUGGGAACAAGUUUCCAUACUCUCUUUGUUGAUAUAACAAAGGCCUUUGAAGCCGCGGACACUGCUGGAGUCUGGGAAAUCACAAAAAGUUCAAAUACCCUAAAUGAUUUGCGCAGAUGACAGACAACUCCCCAGUGACAUGAUGGUGUACGUUAGGACAGCAGGUCAUUCCCGACAGCCUUCGGAGGGACAAAUGACAAAGGCCUGCAACUGUCUCUGAUGAUAGGUUCGAGUGAGAGUCCGAAACGUCGGAACAAUAAACCUCUUGUCCAGAUGAUCGCUUCUUCUUCUUCUUCUUCUUCUUCUUCUUCUUCUUCUUCUUCUUCUUCUUCUGGACAAAUGGUAUGAAGCAUGACUGUUUGCUCGCACUCAUGCUUUUCGGCCUUGCGUUUCCGUCAUAAAAAUGGGGCCUACCCUGAUGAGCUUGGUAAAAGUGACGCCAACCACUAAAUGGUCAGGAAAGUGCUGAACAUCCGACGUGUGCAGGCAGAAACAAAAGCAUCGAAGACCAAUUUCACGACAUUUUCGCGGAUGACUGCGCCCUGACCUCCACUAUGGGGAGCGUUUCGGAGCCGUGGGUGCAGGUAUAGGCCAACACGUGUGUGGCAUACUUUGACAGUGAUUUUGGUGCCAUGUCAGACACUGUGCCUCUCCCCACUACCAGUUGGUAGGAUGUGAACUUGGCAGUAGUGUGCAAGUCGUGGAGAGGGGGGGGGGAUUGAGGCGAUCCACUUCUGGCCUGUUCGUUUAUUCCCCGCAAUAAGUAGUCAGAACUCUUUAAACUGUCACAAUUUGCUGAAGUUUAUGAUUAGGAAGGCUGCCAACCAACAUGACAGGCCGGUCCUUCUUAGGAAUUAGAGUCAGGUUUCAAUGGUCCAUUCUUAAUGUCACCUUUAUGGUGCCAUUCCCUCGUGAGCCAUCCGACGUACUUCUCCGAGGACUAGUUCGUGUACGGUGAGGGGCCAGGAAGUGUCUGCCACGCAUCUGACGGCGGACUUCGUGCGGCGUUACCCACAGCGCCCAUUUGUAUCCCCGUUCACAGUCACCCCGUAUUUUCUUUGGAACGCAGUAUGCACUGAAAUGGCGAGUUGAAAACGACAAUGAAAUCUGCCUUACCAUGGGCCUAGUUCACGCGUAAGCCACCACUGUGUCCUCUUGGGGGCAUUGGUGGUUACGACCGCUUACGGUUGGCUAUUAUUCUUUCAUCGGGGCACCCUCAAAAACCCCAGUUUCCCCCUUUUGACGAGUUUUCAAGUGACUGUGGAUUUUAUCACUGCAGUUACCAGUCCUUGUCGUUUGUAACGUCUGUAUCAGGGUGAUGAGAGUUGUUUAUUUUCGUUUACCUACUACCAGCACAUGUUAGCCUCAACAACUCAGAGGUCAGAUACACUGGUAGUUGAAGUCGUGCCGAUUAUCUAUGAUUGCUUGUGACCUUAUGAUGCAGGCGAUGCACUGGAUCUGCCACUCUCUAAUGAUGAACGGCCGAAGUUAUUGGUUGACUCGUCAUAUGACUGCUAGACGCCCAGCCAAACACGGCUUAUUGUGCGGUCACAAGUUGUUGGCAAAAAAGUACUUAUUUAUCAACACGAAGAUGCCCCCUUCCCAACGUUCGCCCAUGGAAGGAUUUUUUGUUUUUUUCAUAUGCUAUAGCUCGUCGGUGACUGUCAGUUCGGAGCCAGUCUCGGGUGAACUCACGAGGGACAAUCGGUUCUCUGAUCUGCCACUGUCAGAUUGGCGCUCCUUGCCCGUUGACCCACCGGCCAUCAAUCCGAAUCUACAGAAGGAUCCCCGGGCUGUUACGGCCUCUCUUCUGGCCAGUACUGGUGCUGCUAGAGAACAGCGAAAACUGGCCACACGACCACUGUACGUACAGCCGAGGGGCAAGUUAUACACUGACCAGCUCAUCACGGACAAACAAAAGUGGGCGGAGACAAUCGUUGCUCUUACGCACUGUCUCAAUCGUCUUCAGAAGCUCCCUCAGGUGCACGGCUAG